AUUUGUUUUUACCUAGUUUUUAUAGUUUUCAUUAUUUUGUAUUAAAAUGAAAUAUAAAUUAAUAAUUUCCAUUUAUAUGAUUGGUAUAAAACAUGUAAUAUUAAUCCCUAACGAUUCGGACGGGAAUAAAGUGUUCAAAAAUUCAAUAUUUAAUGAAAAUACGAGCGAAUCAUCAAUUGAUAAAUUAGACGCUGUUUUCAAUGCCUUUAAGGUAUUACAAUGGGACCAGUGGUGGUACUGUUGAGCUGCCCCUGGAGUUUGAUUGGCGGCGACUGAACAAAGUAACCAAAGCCAGGGAUCAGUUGAGUUGCAACUGUUGCUACGCGUUCACAGUCGUGGCCACCAUCGAGAGCGCCAUCGCUAUCCGUAAUAACCUAUCUGUUUAUCUCACGGAUAGUAUGGGUGACGAAGACUAUUAUCUAAACGACGACAACUCCUCCCAACUGCUGGACCUUUCGGAGCAGCAAAUAGUCGACUGCUCUGGCGCUGGAAAAUAUCGCAACAAUGGCUGCGAAUACGGCUUUAUAGACGACACCUAUCAGUAUGUAAUGGACAGAGGCGUCGCCACCGAAGCCGACUAUCCCUAUGCGGAAACAAAGUCUGUAUGCGAUGAUGAAAAGCGAGCAAACCAUACAUAUAUCGCCCGAUAUGAGCACAUCUCACAUCCGAGUAUUAAUCAAAUGAAAGAUAUUAUUUAUAGGAGAGGACCCGUCAUCGCACUCAUCAAUAACGAUGGCUUGGAUUUCCUCUUCUAUGAUCAUGGUAUAAUCAAAACGCCUAACAAAAGUGCGAAGAGAGUAAAGUUAAACCACGCGUCGGUUAUAGUGGGUUGGGGUCUGAAUAAUGGCACCGAGUAUUGG